UAGAUGGAGGAAGAUCCUUACUGAAUGUAGAGUGUAUUUUGUUAGAGUCUUUUAAUAGAGCCAUGACCGGAUUUCUUUGGCUGGGCAGCAUGAAUUGUGAAAGGUCAUGGCACUGAGUCCUGAUGAUGAAGACUAUGACACCUCUCAGUCCAGGGCCUCAGCAAGAUUAAAACCUCGGCCAACCCCUUCAUCAGGACCCAAGAUCCUUCCUCAUAAAUCAACCAGUGGUGCGCGUAGACGCAGAACGCGAUGUCGCAAAUGCGAAGCCUGCUUGCGGACAGAGUGUGGAGAAUGCCACUUCUGCAAAGACAUGAAGAAGUUUGGAGGCCCUGGCAGAAUGAAGCAGUCCUGUAUCAAGAGGCAAUGUAUUGCUCCUGUAUUACCACACACUGCAGUAUGCAAGAUCUGCGGUGAGGCAGGAAAGGAAGACAAUGUGGUGGAUGAAGCAGAGAAAUUUAAUGCUAGCUUAAUGGAAUGCUCCAUCUGCAAUGAAAUAAUACACCCAGGUUGUUUAAAGGUAGAAGAGUCUGAAGGGCUUAUUAAUGAUGAAUUACCGAAUUGUUGGGAAUGUCCAAAGUGUAACCAGGAGGGAAAAACUGGCAAAAAGAGAGGCCCUGGGUUUAAAUUCGCCUCCAAUCUUCCUGGGUCUCUCUUAAAGGAGUUUAAAGAAGGGGAAGAUGGAGGGCGACGGAAAUCUGAAGAUCUUGAACGUCCAAGAAUGGAGGAAUAUCAUUCCAACAGGCGAAAAUCUGAUGAUGGGCUUGGUCUCAAACGCAGAAAAGACAAAGAUCUUCCAACAGAUUUGGGUCCAAGGAAAAAGCUGAGAGGAGGAAAAGAUGACAAACUUCAAAAGAGGAAGAAAAGGAAGCUGACGCCAGACUCUGAAGAAUCUAGUAAAGUAAAACACCUGGAAAGAUCAGAGCAUGCGGAUAGGAUAGAACGGAUACGACAAAUGAUGAAACGUGUCAACAGAAAUGAAGCCAGCAGCUCCAGCUCUAGUUCAGAUUCUGACUCCGAUUCUAGCUCCGGUUCAGAAUCGAGCAUCCAGAGAUCAGAAGGAAGCAGUGGAGAAUCUAGUCCAAGGUCUAUUGCAAAGACAGAUAGCCAAAGGUCAAAACUCAGAAGAUUUUCCAAUGACAUUUUUAGUGAGGAGGAUGAUGAGGAAGAAGAGGAUGAAGAUGAAGAGAAUGCAAGGAAUACAAAAUCCAAACUGCUUUCUUUGGCUUCAAAAGUUGCAGAAAAUAACUAUUAUUCCUUAAGAGGGGAGAAUAUUCAAAAAAACUCCUUCAGGACAGUGGAGGUUUCAUUAAAAAAGAAAAAUGGACCAUCCAGUCAGCUUUGUCACAAAGUUCUAGGAAAUAUAUCUCGACCUCGGAUACUAAGCAAACUCCCGGUGCAGUCUCCUCCCAAGCCAUUUCAAAUGGAGAGACACGUGGUUCGUCCUCCUCCCGACAGCCCUGAACCUGAUUCUUUACCACUUACUAGUGGAUCAGAACAUGUGGUGCAAAGAGAAGUGUGGCUGGCAAUAUUCAGUUACCUAAGCCAUAGGGACCUAUGCAUCUGUAUGAGAGUAUGCAAGACGUGGAAUAAAUGGUGUUGUGACAAGCGGUUAUGGACCACCAUUAACUUAAGUCGUUGUAAAUCUAUCACUCCAACAAUGCUGAGUGGGAUCAUCAGGAGACAGCCCAUCAUACUGGACCUUAGCUGGACAAAUAUCUCGAAAAAGCAACUCAGUUGGCUCAUAAACAAGUUGCAAAAUUUGAAAAUUCUGGCACUAGCAGGAUGCAUUUGGAGUGCAAUCUCUGCACUUUGUACUUCAAGUUGUCCUCUUCUACACAUGCUUGAUCUUCGUUGGGUGGAGGAUCUCAAAGACUCACAGAUGAAGGAGUUGCUGUCACCACCUACAGAUUGCAGAGUAGGUCAUAAUCAGAGCAAACUCUGCAAUGUGACAGAAUUUCACUUAGCAGGUUUGGAUAUUACUGACUGCUCGUUGGCCUUGAUGAUACGCUACAUGCCAAUGCUGAACAAGUUGGACCUGAGUCAGUGUAACCACGUGACUGAUCAAUCCAUUGCCCUCUUGACAGCUGCUGGAUCUUCCACACGAGAAACACUGACUGAAAUAAACCUUUCAGGUUGCCAUCGAAUAACAGACCAGUGCCUGUUGCUGCUUCAACACUGCCCAAACCUUAACCGAAUCGACCUUCGGAAUUGCAAACUGAUUUCUCCCCAGGCUUGUCAACAGCUUGUGGAAGGGCUCGCAGGUGUCGCCCCCUUUGAACUCGUGGAAGACAAACUGUUAAAGAGAAGCGGUUUACAAUUGACAAAGUAGCCUCAUGGACGCCGAUAAGCCUUGCCAGAAUGUUCCUCCAAGUCCUGACUGAGACAGCACAAUAGAAUCUACUGGGGAACUGCCUCCACUCUUCUAGCUAAUUGCUUUCUGUGUAUCUGAUGGACCAUGCUGUGACAGUCUGGAGUUGUCAUGGCAAUCACGUCAUUCACUGCUGAUAAAGUCAGUGAUCCAGUGACAGCUGUAUAGUUUUGGAGGAAAAUUACUGGUGUAAUUAUCUUGGCCUAGAAAAUGAAGCAUGAUUUUUGGAGAAAAAAUGUUUUUAUAUUGCAAAUACAGGGUUUUAAGCAUUACGCUCUGGUAAUAAUUCCCUCCUUUCUUUCCCUUGCCCCCAAAAAAUAAAAAAGUGUAGAUUUAGAAAAUAUUUAAAAGUAUACAGUAUACCUUUUUGGAGGUAUACAUUAAAUUUCUGAUUUAAUGCUUAUUUGGAAAUAAAAACACGUGGGCUUAAAGAUGGGCUGCAAUUCAAUUUUGGAAAAGACAAUAACUGGCCCAUUGGUCUAAAUUUGAUUGCAGUCCAAAAUAAUACUCAGUACUUUUAAUACAGUACAUUUUAAUUACGUUUGUUUUAUUCUACUGAAAUGUACAGUUUCAGUAGACGUUCAGUUUUUCCACAUUGCAUUUCUAAAUUUUGAUGACUAGGUGGUGCAUGAAUCAGCACAUUAAUACUGAAAUGAGGUCAGUCAGUUUACAAAAACCUCAUUGGUGAAAUAAUUCCUGUAUACAUUUGAUUCAUUCCUUCAAUGGAUUUUUCUCAGCGACUUCCUAUUCCUUGGUCAAAACAGUCAAGCUCAUUUAUUUAGGUUACAUUGGUUGUUAUGAGAUUUGAGUCCUUUUCAAAUUUGUGUUGAAAGGGUGUUCUUUCAAAAUGAAAGUCCUCAUGGCUAUAUUGUUUUAUGUUUUACCACAUUAUGUUAUGGGAUGUAUUUUAAUAGUGAUCUACAAUAACAUUGUAGUUUUUAAAAUGCUUCAUGGCAACCCAAAUUACCUAAUUAAGUGAGUACAUAGUGCUUUAAUGGGGAAAAAUGUGAAAUGUGCAGUGAUUACAUUUAGUAAAUAUGAAUACUCUGAAGGAAUAUCUUUGUUUUGUCCAUUAAACGUGACAAAAAAUAAAAGCAUGUUAAGAUUUAGACUAAUAGCUAUAAACAAGGAUUUUUGAGCGUCCGAUUGUACCAGCUUAUUAUAUUCCAUCACUACAGUUCUAGCCAAGGAACAGAAAUAUUGUGAAUUCUAACCAGGUUCAUUGUCUUAUGUUGUUUUUGCACUGGCAAUAUCUUCUUAAAAAAGAAUGUGUGCUGGGUAAGGCACUGGAUUUUAUAGUAAUUGAGUUUAGUUAUAAGUAACCAUUCCCACCCUAACACACCCUUGCCGUAAAAAGAUGGACAGUUGUUCCAUUGUACUGUAAACAUUGCAGGUUCAUCAACAAUACAUUUUAAGUAGAAUCUGUAACGUCAGCCUGUAAAUAGCAGCAGAAAUUAUUUUUACCUUGCGUAUGCUGCCAAACAUUAAUAAAAUGGAAAUGUUAUGAGUAUUUUCAGUUGUUACCAUAGAAAGUACACUGGGGAAAGCAAUUUAACAAAGAGGUAAAACUUCUACAUGUAUGGGUGAAUUAGUGUGUUCUCACCAUGAGGACGAGGGGGUCCAUCUUGACAGAACUGGCUCUAAACCCCAGUUCCCUGAUGAUCUAGCCUUCUCUAGCGGCCGAACUCAACAUUUUUCCGGUCGUUCCCUCCUACACCGAUUUUUGACUCUUCUAGCAUCGUCCCAACUGCAUCAUUAAUAUAAUUUGUAGCAUUAAGACAUCUCAAUUCUUUACUACUUUUCUGUUACCUUCCUGCAUCGAUACCAGGAAGCUGGAAACUCAGACCCACCAUGCCAUCAGAUGACUUCUUAAUAUCGAUAUGUUUUAUAAUAAUGGACGGGAGAACCCGAAUCUCAGUCUGGCAAUCAAAAAGCCACCAUUCCUGAAUUCUGAGGUUCCUGCAGCUCUAGUGGAGCUUUGUGUGUUAGUGCAAACCACUGCAAAACAACUCCAGUAAUUUGCUGCAUUUAUUCUGUUUUACUAAGUUUAAAAUGACUCCUUCCUAACAACAAAGAUUCUCGAGGUGCUGUUCUUUAUUUGCUUGAUUUUCUGUCAAGUAAAUCCGUGCCAAUACUUUGCACCCAUCCAUGAGUUUCAUUCAUUAAUUCAGUCCUGUUGGGUGCAGUGGUGGCGGGGGGGGGGGUGGGCGGAAUCAUUGAUGGAGAUCUGAGAAACUCAGUUAUUGAUGUCAGGCUUCAAAAGCAGCGCAGACUCACUUCUGGUCUCUCUUCUCCACUGGAUGUAUUAGCAGUGCAAAAUUCCAAGUACUGGCCACAGUAUUCUAGCUGCGGAUAAUACCUGAUCUGACUAUGUCACUUAAACGAAAGAAAAUAAUUCCAUGAGAAGGAACUGACUUUCCUCGUAUUUGCCUUUCGGAAAGUAGAUGCUACUUGCACUUGGACCAAGUCAACACAGUGGCAGUCAAAGAUACUUUCAUUAUGUCAAGGCACCUGUUGCUUUGUACAGACAAUUGUGUUGGAAAUGGAUUAUAAAUGUAAAAAAUGUGUAAUAAAUGUAUAGCUAACUGCAAACCUUUGAUGAAAAGGGAAAGAAAGUGGUCAGAAUAAGAAAGCUGUAAAUGAAUAAUAUUCUGAAGAAAUUUGAUUCCCCCAUUCUAUGCAGUGCAGGCUUAAACCUUAUUGAUCAGCAGGUCAAGUUCGACACAAAUAUUUGAAUGUCUGAGAUAGACAAUCAACUGUUUAUGCUGUAACAACACCUGAUACAAACAGUACCCAACUAUUCACAGAGGAGUUUUGUGUUUUUUUUUUGAAAUGGGCAUUUCUUCCAAUUCUGACCACCAACCUCUGUCUUUUGAUUUAGAUGGCACUGUACAGUAGCAGAGUUCCUGGUAGCACCCGGGCUUAAUAGAUGGUGCUAUUUACAUGUGUGUACUAUGAAAUCAUGCUGUAUAUACAAUCUAUAAGUAUAAUAAGCAUUGGUACAUUUGUUCUUACACUUAAGAUGCAAGGGUCUUAACAUACAAGUUAGUGACCAUAGUGCAAUAGCACUUCUUGGCACAGUUUUCAUGGCAUGUUUUACAUUCAAUAGAAUUACUUAGUACUUCUGGAAAUUUCCUGUCUGCAACUUUAAUAUCCAAUAUAGGAUUGACUAUUCUAAAUUUCCCACUUGUUUCCUUCCUAAUGUAUUGUUGAUGCAUUAGUAAACAAGCAUUCCAGAAAAUUGCUGGUGAGAGAAAUUUGUCCCUCUUAUAUGCUAACUUGAGUUAUAAAUAUUAAUUCUCCUUUAAAAUAAAAAUCCAUAUCAAAAGCUUGAAUUUAUUUCAAAACGUGUUUUAAAUUUUGCCAUUUUCUGUAUUUUAUUUAAAUUCUGUAUUUCUUUUCUCCAGAAGAUGAAAUGAAAAGCAAUUGUGAAUAAUUCAGUAAUCCUCUCCCCCGCCCCCAAUAUACUGAUUGCAAUUACUUAGUUUGGAGAGGAGUAUAUAGGCAAUACUGGAUUUGAUAUCAGUCUCAGCUGUGGGGUUUGUCUCAGCUGAAGCAACUGUUCUGUUGUUUGGCCAGUGGAGCAACUCCAUCUAUUGACCGAUAACCAGACAGGAGCUUUGCCUAAUUCAGUAAACACAAAUCUCUGGGUUAUUUGAUUUAUUUUGCCAGUACAAAACAGAAAUCCGAAACAUGAGCCUAAAUGUAGAAAUUCCCAAAUUUACUGCUAGUGUUUAAUUUACUUGUAAGCCACUGUUUACCUGUUGUUUCAGCAUUUCACACCGUUUUUUUUUGGAAUGACAACCGCACAAUGUCUUCCUAUGAGUCUAAUAUUACUAGCUCUCUUUUUCAAUCACAAAUAUAUUGCACUUCAAAUGAAAGCAGAUUACUGCUGGCCAAAAUGAAUAUGGCCAUGCAAAAAUAUAUCCAUCCAAAAUGCUAACUCAGUUCUUCAACCUCUUCACAAUGAAAUCUGUCAGUUGCUUUGUGAAUAGUUUAAAGUAUUUAACUGAACACAGCCUGUAGGGAAAAUUGUGAAAUUUGACCAGUAAACUUGGAGAGAUAACUGAAGCCAGUGGUAAUUUGUAUUGUCGUGUGAUUUGUGUAGUGGAAGCCUAAUUUGUGCACUUCAGUAUGAACUGAUUCUUUAUAUAUCUCGGUGCUCCGUGAUUUUCCCUUAAGGACCCUAAAAAUGAUCCAGUGCCUCUUGCCAAUGUGAUUUGUUAUGAGGUGGGCUUCUUAAUAAACUAAAGGUCAAAUCAAAUGAGCUGUUGGAGGGUGAAGCUACUGCACUGUUGCACUGUAUAUCUGCAGUUGAUCUCCGCACACUGGACGAGUGCAUAACUAAACUGAAGGGUUUUAUAUACACGCAGUGUGAGCUUGUACUCUCAUUUUGCUUUGCAGAUAUUCAACUAUUGUUGGGCUUGCAUUCUGUGGCCAGGACAACCUUUUUUAUGCCAUGGACCCUUACCAUUAACCAAGGGGUACAUGGACCCCAGGUUGGGAACACCUGAGCUGGGAGAAUCUUGAUGUUUGAUUAGUUUUGAUUAAUCAAAGCAGUUUGAUUAGUUUUAAAAUCCCAAAUAGGUAUUUUUUAAAAGAAAAAAACCUGUCAUUCUAGGAUUCUACCUCUGGAUAUCACUUGGUCCUUUAAAAUUAGCGGUUGAAUGCCUGGCUGUUAGUGGUGAUGUCUGCAUUGUUUACCUUCAGUACCUGUGUCACUUUGUCCAGUAUUACUUGAUUAUAUUGUGGCCAUUUUACUGCCAUACAGCUCCCCAUUAGACAUCACCAGGUUAUACACCUGUGAAGUUCAUGGGCGUUGUGUUAAAUUCUUUUCUGCCAAACAUUUCACUUGCAGAUUUGCAAGAUUGCUGCUGUGUACCCUUCCUCAAGUUAAGUAACCUAGUCUCUAGAGCAAGAUUUCCCAAACUUUUUUUAUGCCAUGAACCGCUACCCUUAACCGAGGGGUCUGUCGACCCCUGGUUGGGAUGCCCUGCUCUAGAAUAUCCAGAUCUUUUAUCUUAACCUAUCACCAAUGGUUUUAUCUUUGUGCCAUUUCCAAAUGUGCCAGCUAAUCAAACGCUCAUAUGUUCCACCAAACUAUCUUUGCCUAUAUCACUUCAACAAUAACCAGUUUUGUCAGCUAAUUCCCUAGUUGUUUCUUCCCUGUGCUGUUAUUUUUUACACCUUCAAAUUAGCAUUAGAAUGCAAAUUCAUGUAAGUGUGAUAUAAACCCAAUCAAUGUUUAUUAACGUAGUGUUAGUACAACUUCUGUGACUCCUAUGAGGGUAGAACCAGUGAAUCACUGAUAUAUACUCUGAAUUUGUACCUGCACUCCACUUUUAACUACUUUUCUUUGGUCUACUUUGUUGAUUAGUCUUGGCACUUUGAAGUAAUCUACAAUUUAUCAGGUCUUCAUACGAAACUGUAUUGUAAAGGGAGACACCUUGGAUAACUUGCAGUGUUUUUAUAGUAAGGAAGAGUUUAAAUUGGCUGCAGUAGUGAAAUAACAAUUUCAUUAGAUCUCAUUCCCACUUUUGUAACUACCUGAAGAUCUUUGCCCCAAAGACUCCAAAGUUGUCACUGUUUGAACAUUCUUGUUAUUCGUCAUUAUUCAUAAGAGUAAAAGUGAAGCAGAGUCCCUACCCAUGGUAAAGAUUAAGCAGUUAACAAUGUUGUUGAUAAGCCAGGCAGACAUCCAAGAUAUUCCCAUUUUUCCCUUUCCACCCCACAAUACCAGUGCCCAUUCAUUCAUUCCAUGGUGUAUGAUCAGCUCUGGGCAGGUGACUUAGAAGAGUGUGUAUUUACGUGACUGAUUCACAUGGUUAGUUAUCAAUUUAUUUUGGUAAUUUCCACUACUGAUUUUUGUGCAUAAAGUUCCCUUUAAGAAAUGGACAUUGUGAUCAGAAACUUGCCAUGAGUUUCAUUUCAAAUUUCUUUUCAAUUAUCUCAAAGCCACCUUUGCCAGAUGUCAAACUUAACUGGUGAUAAUUUAGACCCUUGUGACCAUUUAAUAACUUUUCCACAUUUGAUUUAUUUGUCUAUUGGGCACUAAUAUUUGUGACUGGCAAUUAGUAUCAAUUUGGAGAAAUUUCACGCACUUAACCAAAAGCACUUCAAAUGAUCCCAGUCAUGUUCAAAAGUUACUUGGGUUAAGUGUGCAAAUGCAAGCUACAGUGUCCUGUUUUAUCAAAGUUAUUUUAAAUAUUGUUGGUAAACUUAAGGAUGAUUAUGUCAAAUUACAAUUUUUUCUAUAUCUGUGGGCCUACGAAGGAUGCUUUAUCAGUUUGAACUAUUUGUAUUUUGUAACGUUGAAAUCAUUACCCAUGAUGAUUUACAGCUUGUAUGCUACAAAACCUAAAGAUAUGACUGCUGAUAUUAGUGGACAGAUCUAUUGGUCUAAAGUUCUCUGCUUAUUUUAGCAGGGAUGUUAACCAUUUAAUAUAGACAGGUUAACACCAGUGCUUAACAUAAAGUAAGCAGAGGAAUAGUGUAAACAGUCUUGUGGAUAUCCUAAAUUGGUGCCUGUUAAAGUGAUUUGAAUGCCAAUACAGUUCCAAGAUAAGUAAGUUUAUCUAAAAGCAUUCCUGUUCUCAGGGCACAAGUUGUUUUGACAGCUCUGAUCUGAGAAACUAUUAUACUGUUCUAAGUUUGCUAUUGCACCUCAGGCCACUACUUUGCCUUGCUCACAGGGUCUACUACGUAUGUGCUUAUUUCUGCUGCUUCCAGGUAUUACAUUAUUCUCUGUCUAAUGACUAGUGAGACUAUCAGCACACUUUAAAUUAUUGUGCCAUGCUGGUUCAAUACACAAGCAAAGCCUUUCAGCUUAACAGAGGAAAUUGUGUUGCUUAUGAAUCUACAAACUUCCAUUCAUGUGGUGUUUACCUCUGACCUCUUUCUUCCGCCUCCCCAUGGAGGUCAAGGACAUUGGUGACUGCUUUAAUCUAAUGUUGUGCCACUUUCCUUCAGGAUGUUGUUUUCAAUAUUUUUGUUUUAAAUAAAAUAUUGCAAUUAUUAAA